GGAGGUCAGUCGCUCAUCAUUACAAGGCGCCGAGCAGUUUCCCCCGUUAAACCCCAUCUCUGCUCGCUUUGUCAUUCUGUAGUCCAGAAAACAAAAGGGAUUUCUCACUGCACUCCUCCACCGGCGCAAUCCCGCAAGUCACGUCUCGCUGUGUGGUUUUCAUUUUUCGGGUGGCAGGUGUCCCGGUGCGUAGUCGUCCUAACACCGGACAAGUGAUGCUCUGAGCUGCACUGUUGCUGCGCUGUCGCCUCGCAUCUCUGCAGCAAAGCUGGCUGGAAAUGGUCCCAGGCUCAACUCUCAGGCGGCGUUCAGAGGUUAGACUCUCACUCAUUAGAGGGUCAGAGCCACAAACCCAUCACCCAACCCCCUCCUGCCUGGCGAGGGUCGUCCUUCUGCCUGCAUCCAUCUGAACAGCAGUGAGGACAGACGGGAAACUUACACAGUAGUAGAACUGCGUGUGUGUGAGUGUAUGUUUCAGCGCUUCAGUGCCUCUACAAUUCCCACUAGCCCUCCACUGUGCGUGUGCAAUGAGGUGUGUGUGUGUCAAGGUGGAGAGUUAAGAAGACAGGACCUGUUAAAGUCAGCAAAACCUGCGAGUGGGUGUCAGGGCUGAGCACUCCAUGCACGCAAGACUCUGUGUGAUUGUGAGUGUGUGUGUGUGUGUGUGUGUGUGUGUGUGUGUGUGUAUGUGUGUGAGGGGCCACUGUUGACCAGGCAAUGAGCGUGUCUCAGAGGGAGAGGCCGUUCGAUGCUGAGUUGAGCUAAGGGAGCAGAACAGGAGAAUCUGUAAGAGGAGCAGCCAUGGGGCUCGGACAGUCCAGCAAAGCUCCGGUCACCGAGGAAUCAGACGAUGUGAAUUUCGACCACUUCCAGAUCCUGAGAGCAAUAGGAAAAGGAAGCUUUGGAAAAGUCUGCAUUGUGCAGAAGAAGGACACUAAGAAGAUGUAUGCCAUGAAGUACAUGAACAAGCUGAAAUGCGUUGAGCGGAAUGAAGUGAGGAACGUCUUGAAAGAGCUGCAGAUAAUGCAGAACCUUGAGCACCCUUUUCUGGUCAACUUCUGGUAUUCAUUCCAGGAUGAGGAGGACAUGUUUAUGGUGGUGGACUUGCUCUUGGGAGGAGACCUUCGCUAUCACCUCCAGCAGAACGUCCAUUUCUCAGAGAGCACCGUCAAACUCUACAUCAGUGAGCUGGCCCUGGCCCUGGGAUACCUCCGUACGAAGCGCAUCAUACACAGAGACAUCAAACCUGACAACAUACUCUUGGAUGAACAUGGGCACGUCCAUCUGACAGACUUCAACAUCGCAGCCAUCGUAAAAGAAGACCUGAAAGCGACGUCCAUUGCCGGGACCAAGCCAUACAUGGCUCCUGAGCUGUUCCAAACCUUCGAGGGGUCCCACCCUGGCUACUCCUUCUCGGUUGACUGGUGGUCGCUGGGCAUCACAGCGUAUGAGCUACUAAGAGGACAGAGGCCAUAUGUGAUGAGAUCCAGUACACCAGCUAAUGAGAUCCUGCAGACCUUUCACAAGGUCCAUCCCAGCUACCCAGCAGCCUGGUCUUUGGAGAUGAAGUCUCUACUCAGAAAGUUGCUGUGCAUAGAUGUCCAGAAGCGCAUUUCCUGUCUAGCAGAGCUGCAGGAUCUGGACUACAUGUCAGAUGUCAACUGGGACGCUGUGCUCAGCAAACUGCUUCCUCCAGGCUUUAUUCCCAAUAGGCGUAGAUUAAACUGUGACCCCACAUUUGAGCUGGAGGAAAUGAUCCUGGAGUCCAAACCGCUUCACAAGAAGAAGAAAAGGCUUGCUAGAAAAACCAAGGACCAGGGAUCUGAUGGCUCCCCACAGAACGGGCAGUUGCAACAGAGAUUGGAUAAUGUCCAGAGAGACUUCAUUGUCUUCAACAGAGAAAAGUCAAAGAAAGCCGUGGACUCAGAUUCCUCUGAGCUGUCCACGACUGAGAAGAACAAGGCAAUAGAGGAUGGACAGAACAACAAUGUGGAGCCGGUGGCCUUCUUAUCAGGAUAGGUCUCAAGACCUGAGACCCCUACGUAGUCCCUCAUCACCUGCACCUUCCUGCAGCUUGUAGAUCAGCAAUUUCCACCUAUGUUCUAUCAGCACAGGCACUAACAACAAUCCUUCAAUAUUCCUGCACCACUUAAUCGUUUCACAAACACAAAUGCUUGUGCUUCACUCUUCACCCACAAAGAAAACACAUCAAGGACUGCACGAGAGAAAUGGCCUCUCAGCAGAGUGUCGCUCAUAUCCUGCGCCCUAACAUCACUCUGGUGCUCUUAGGUCUGCUCAACAUCUACUCUGGGCACUGUGCUGAAGUGAAAAGGAAGUCACUGCCCUGUCAAAAAAAAGGAGACAAUGGCACAGCUGCCCUACUGUUACAGGAAGUCCAACAUGGUCAGCUAUGGCUCAAAGCUGUAUGUACUGAUGCUGCUGUCUUGGGCGUGACACUCAGAUUUUUAAUAUCAGCAGUGUAUAUGCUGGUUAAUAAUAGUUAUUUAAACAACAAUGGUUCCCCACUGCUACAUGGACCUAACAAGAAUUGGCAUAAGGAACUAGGCUGGGCUUUUUCUCAUGUUAUAUACAGGACUUAAAAUCCGAGCAUGACACUUAGAGUAGGCUACAACCGUUUAAAACAGAGAAUUCAAUAAGGUAAAAUGAGGCCUUUGUUUUUAACAGAGCAACCACAGAUUCCUCUAAAUGAAAAUGAAAACUUGUACUGUAUGCUUGAGCGUGGAUGGCUCACUUUGUCAGCAGAGAAACUGUUGUUGUGGUCAUUGUGCUUAGCUUAGCUUAGCUUAGCUUAGCUUAGCCUAGCUUAGCUUAGCUUAGCCUAGCUUAGCUUAGCCUAGCUUAGCUUAGCUAGUAAAGCUUACAAAGAUGGUAGGACUGCAACAUUAACGGCAAAAAAUGCUACAUGUCUACUUCAAUUUCAUGUGCUGAAGUUUGAAAUGCAGUUAAAAUACAAUGGUUUUAAUGUUAAACUACAAUGUCGAGCAUUUUCAUUCAAACAUCUGUUAAGUCAAAAUCUCUCGCUGAAUGAGGUACCACAAUGGUGAUUGUAGCUUUAACCUUGAAGGUCCAUUCGUGACCUUGUAAGUCUAUAUGAAGUGUAAGCCAUCAGAUGUCGUUGAAAGCUCUGGGCACAACGAGUGGACCUUGUGAUGAUUUAUUUUUGUCAAAGAAGUUUUAAACUCUUUAAAAACGCUGACAUCUUGGACUAAGCUUCGCUCAAUCUGCAAAUGACCAGCGGCGUCUUCAAAUAAAGGUUUAACGCUAUGAAAACGUAGAAAAGGUAAAUGGUAGAUGUUAUAUGUUCUGCACUGAACCUUGCUUUGCACAUGCUUCUUCAUCAACUGUAGCAUUUAUGCACAGAGAGACAAAAAAAAAUCUAAAGCUGUGAGUGACUACUUAUUCCCUUAGGGAUGUUUUUUAUAGACAUGGAUUAAGCUGAGACCUAGAUAACAAUUAUUUUUCAGGCACUGUCUGCAUUGAAAUUGUUGUCAAAUAAUGUUUCUAUGUCCUUCCUCUUUUUAGUUGAAUACAACCAAUUACAUGUACCCCUAGAUAAGCCUUUAAAUUUGUAUUUGCAAUUAAUAGAAGAAUACAUUCUGUGACAAUAUUCUUGUGCAGAUGGUAUAAAACAGUAAUUCAGCCCCAGAUGGAUAACGGCAGGGGAAAAAUCAUAAUUUUGAUUUACACAUUAAAAGUGGUUAAUAACUAAACAUUGACUGAAUAAAAUAAUACCCCUGGCUAAAUCAAUGUCUGAUAAACCAAACCUGCCUCUGAAGCUUUCAAAGGGAAGCCUUAUACCAUAGAUAUGGCACAGUUUGAUCCCUAAAACUAUGUGUAAGUAGUACAAACCUGAGCUUUUUCACAAUCAGUAAGUAAAUGUGAUUUCUACAAAUGUUUAGUGAUUCUAUUGAGUCUGAUCCAUCUGCAAUACAACUCAAUCCUUCAAGUCUAAUCCUUGUGAUUAUGAUUAUAUCUAAAACAUAUUUCACUCUAUUCAAUUCAUAACUGUUGGCACUUUUCUAUUGAGAAUUAGUACAAUGUUUUGACUAAACUGUGUAUUGUUGUUGUUGAUGUUGUUGUUGUCAUUGAUGUAAUUUUACAGAUCCAAAAUGAAGGUCUUGUAUAAUAUGUUAAAUAUAGUGAGAUAGAAUAACAGAUGCAGUGAUCCGAGAUACUUGGGGUAAGUUAUUGGGGGAAAAUGAUCUUGCUUUUUCUUAUGUAAUAGGAAUCGAUUGGAUGGGGUUAUUUGCGAAAAUCAUAUAAUGUGACAGAUUCAACCCUUCAAAAAUCAAAGUAUAAAAUUAUAGUUUAAUAAAAUAGUAUUUGACCUAAGUAAAACAAUUAUUCAACAAGACGUACAUACCUAAAGUCUGGAAACAGCUUUGCUCCACACCUGUGAAUUUCAUUCCUAUUAAGGUUUUGUUGUCCUUCAGUUGUCACUGUGUGUUUAUUGUAC